AUGAAAAUCCAACUAUUAUUUUUAACAUUUUUAGUAUUAACUAUUCAAAAAUCCACUACAGAACCUUAAUGUAGAAAUUAAAAUGACGAACUGGUAGAUUGGUUUAUAAUAUUAAAACACCCUUAAGGUACUGAAUAUUCAUACUGUGAUUCAAAUGAAUGCACUUAACUAAGAAGCACUGGAUUAGAUUUGAAUAAUCCUAAAGAUUCUCCUUUAUUAAAUACACUAAAAUAAAUUUAAAAAGUAGACUCUUCUGAAUAUGGUUCUAUUUUUUGGAAUGAUCAACCUCCUCAAUAAAAAGCAUCAUUUAAUGUUGCCCAUUCAAAAGGAGUUAUGGGUUUUGGCUAAAAUUAAGGUUUUAUACUUAUACAUUCUGCUCCUAAAUUCCCAGAAAUUAUCAAUAAAGAAAUUGUUCUUUAAAUAGAAAGUGGAUAACUAGUUUUUGGUUAACAUUUCUUCUGUAUUUCUUCUUCUACUUCUGAACUUGAUGCCAUUGCUUAAGCUUAUAAUGUAGAUUGGCCCAUGGUUUAUGAUGGAAAUGUAGCUUUUGAAGGACUUUAAUAUCUUAAAGAUAUGCUGAAUAAUGAAAGAAACGAAAAGGAUCAUAAAUUAACUGUUGAAUUUACAUCAUUAUAGGGCACAAAGUUCUUAAAAAUGGCUAAAUCAGGUCAUUGGGAAGUUCCUUUUUACGAUAAUGUGGUCACUGAAUAAUUAAAAACAGGUCUUUAUGUAGAAAGUUGGGGAUCUCCUUAAGAAAAUUCUGAUUGCCACUAAUAAUAUGAAGUUCUUUCUAAUAUUGAAGUAAAAAUGCCUACUGGAGAAAAGUAUAAAUUCACAAAGGAUCAUUCGAAAUAUGCAAUUUCAAGUAAUCCAACAACUCCUUUUGUUUGCUUAGGAGAUAUUAAUAGAUAAAAUUCUUAAUGGAAAAGAGGAGGAGGUACUAUUUGUUUUAGAAAUGGAAAUGCUUAUAAAGCAUUUUAAGAAAUUAUGGUUGUUUAAUAAACUUGUGAAUAAUGA